AUGCAGGCGGUUGAAUACUAUGAGCGAGCACCAGCCAUCUAUGGAGCCGAGUACUUUGGGAGCCAAAAUGCAUCGGCUAAUGGCUACGCCUAUGGUAGCAGCGCUGGCCACCACCAUCAUCAGCAGUACUUUUACCAUGACCAGGGACAGGGGGCCGUCAACGCUGGCGGUGGUGGCUACCAUGGAAUAGACCCACGGGAAGCAGCAGAAGCAGGAGGACUAUAUGGGUCGGGUGAGAGCCCUGACCGGGCAAGUUCCGGCGGGGCAGGUGGUGGUAGUGGUGGCGGAUGUGGAGGGAACUCAUGUUCUGAGCAAGAUGUAUGUGCAGGGAUGGUGAAUUGUAGAACAGGUGCUGUCAAUGGACAAGUCCCUAAGACUAUCUAUCCUUGGAUGGUGGAAUCGAGGCAAAAUACUAGACAAAAGAAGCAACCAGAAUGUGUAAUCGAGGAUAAAAAGAAACCUUUACCCUCGGUAGCGCCCAGUGAGAGUCCGCCUAUCAUCCCAAAUGAUAUCCACAGUGGAGGACAUGGUGGUGGAAGUGGAGCAGGUGGAGCACCAGGAGGAGGAGGAGGGGAAGGAGUAAUAGGAGCCGGACAUGGAGCACAAGGUAGCGCGAUGAGCCCAAACCUGAAUAACCAUGCCAACGGAAUCAGUCAAAGAGAAAGCGGGAUCUCUGGGUCGAUGAACGGGGGAAGUAGUGGCGGAAACGGAGGAACUACGGAUGUGAUUCGAGAUGAUGUUUUCAACCUGCAACUGAAUGACUAUGCAUAA